AUGUUGCCCGGUGAUGAUGAUGAUGAUGAUGAUGAUGAUGAUGAAACAGAAGAUCCCAAUGAAGCGCAAGAAGGUCCCCGGCAGGUGUGUGGCGUCAGGGCUGAGGGUGACAUCAGCACUGAGCUCCUUUAUAUCGGCUGCACUAGUAGAGCCCGGGGCUCAGAGCCCACUCGGGAGCGCGCAGUUUCGACUGAAGCAAGAAGAAGAAGAAGAACACGACGGAGAAGAGUAGGGCAGCAACAGAGUAACGUAGCGAUAAUCGGCGUCAUCAUCAUCAUCAUCAUCAUCAUCGUGGUCGUCGUCAUCCGACCUCGCGCUGCCCCGAUGCCAGUGAGACCGCAGCCGCCCGCGCUCAUUAUGAACGAGAGCAGCUUCUCCUCCUCCAUCGCCGCGGCUGCCAACUUCUCCGAGCUCGACUCGAUCCACCUCCUCAUCUGGGAGAACGGAAGCUCCUCUCCGGCGCCCCUGCGGCUCAAGGCGCGCGCGGUGGCCACCUCCGCAACCAUGUUCGCCGUGGGGGUCCUCAGCAACCUCGUGGCCGUCGUGGUGCUGCGCGUCUCCAAGAAGGAGCAGAAGGAGACCACCUUCUACACGCUCGUGAGCGGCAUGGCCGUCACGGACCUGCUGGGCACGUGCUUCACGAGCCCCGUGGUGAUCGCCACGUACGCGGCCAACAGGUGGCCCGGCGGGGAGCGCCUCUGCCACUUCUUCUCCUUCUCCAUGCUGUUCUUCGGCUCUGCGGGGAUGUCCAUCCUGUGCGCCAUGGCCGUGGAGCGCUACCUCGCCAUCAGCCACGCGUACUUCUACUCGCAGCACGUGGACCGCACGAUGGCGCGCCUCGCGCUCACCGCCACCUACCUGGCCAACGUGGUGCUGUGCAUCAUGCCGAGCUUCGGCUUCGGGAAGCACAUCCGGCACUUCCCCGGGACGUGGUGCUUCCUGGACUGGCGCGCGAUGGACCCCCUCGCCGCCUCCUACUCCUUCCUGUACGGCGGGGUCAUGCUCGCGCUCAUCGCCGUGACCGUCGCGUGCAACGUCGCCGUGUGCCGCUCCCUGGUGGGCAUGAGGCGGAGGACGCGCGUGGCGAGGGCGGACGUGUGCGAGCACGAGGGCUCCCGGCGCAGGUUCCACAAGCUCUCCUCGGUCAGCUCGGCCGCGGAAAUGCAGAUGUUCUGGCUGCUCAUCUUCAUGACCGUGGUGUUUCUGGUGUGCUCCAUCCCGCUCGUGGUGCGCAUCUUCGUGAACCAGCUGUACGGUCCGGCGCAGAUCUCGGCGGGGCACAAGCCCGACUGCCCGAGCGACCUGCUCGCCAUCCGCUUCGCCUCCUUCAACCCCAUCCUGGACCCGUGGGUUUACAUCCUCUGCAGGAAGAAUCUGCUCAUCAAAGGCUGCGAGAGGCUCAAGCGGACCGUGGGGGUGGUGCGCGAGGGCCACGCGCGCAAGGUGGGCUGGACGAGCGGCCAGCAGAGCCCGCCGUCCUGUGCGCGCAGCAACCCCACGAGCUACGCGUCCCUGCGCGGCACGAGCGCCUUCCCGCGAGACUCGGGCUCCCCGGCGGUCACGAGGACCAAGUCCUUCACAGACUUCACCGUGCGGCAGACGUGGGAGCGCGAGGCGGCGCGAGCGACCUACCAUCCGUUCAACGCCGACCAGAGCGCCGGCCCCGCUUUCGAGAGCGCGCUGAGCGCGGACCCCGAAGCGCGCGAGGACAACUGCAGUUCGCCGUCCGUCCUGCAGGAGACGCCCGUGCGCGCGGGGCGCGGGGAGGCCGCGCCGCGCGUAGAGCGGAGCGCGCGCGCACUGCGGGAGGUCGUCACGUGCACCUUCAGCUCGCCGGCAUCCAGCGCGUCCGAGAAGUGCGCGUGA